UGCUAUUGUCUUCUCUGUCAGUUUUAUAUUAAAUAAUUAUAACAAGAUUCAAUAUUGUGAUAAUAAAUAACGAAAUGGAUAAUAUACCAGAAAGCGCAUUAAUUGCUGCUAAGAAAGCUGUGCAAUUUGAUAGAAGUGGACAAUAUAAACAAGCCCUAUAUUACUACAAAGUAACAGUAAAAUCUCUUGAUGGAUUAUCCUUAGAUGUUGCAUAUGAUCAGAAGAUUACAGAUUAUCGAGAAAGAAUAUCUGCAAUUCAACAAUUAAUUAAUGAAGAAGAUGAAACACAUGGUGCUAUUAAUCAACAAAAAUCUGAUCUUCACAGAUGUGAAUUUUUGAUAAAUCAAGCACUUGAUGCUGAUGAAGCAGGCCUUAAAGAUGUAGCUUUGAAAUUAUAUACAGAUGCUGCUGAAUUAGGUCUUAGUGUAAAAGUAACUACUUCUGAAAUAAAAACAAAGUUGAAUAAUUUAAUCAGACUUGCUCUUGAGAGAGCAGAAUCUUUAAAAGGUAUUAAAAAACAAACUGAUAAUAUAGAUGAUAUUAUUAAAUCACUUCAAAAUUUGCAACCUGUUCCUAAUGAUGACCCUUCAGAUACAGUCUCAUCAUUAAAAUCUUCUACUACAAAUGCAAAUAAAUUUUUAGGACAUCAAACAAAACCUGCUCUGCACCGUGGAAGUAGUGCACAUCUUAAAAUAGCAAGUGGUAGUACCACUUAUACAGAAGAAGAAAAAAAAGUUUUACUUCAUAGUUCUCAUAUAAAUGAUAAAGAAUUUGUACCUUUUAUGGAUGUUGAUUUAUUAGAAAGAUUUCAAUAUGCUAUACCAUUUACUGAUAAAGAUGGAUUAUUGGCAUUAGCUCCUAAACAAAAAACAACUUUUGCAAGAUGGUGUCGACCCGAGGAAUUAUUUUCUGAACCUAAGAUGCUGAUGGGACGUUAUGUUGAUUAUUACAGCAUUAAACAAACUGUCAUAUCAGAUUGUUCAUUUGUGGCUUCUCUUGCUGUCAGUGCACAAUAUGAAAAGAGAUUUGGUCGUAGGCUUAUCACAUCUAUUAUUUAUCCAAAAAAUAGGAAUAAUGAACCAGUGUACAACCCAUUUGGAAAGUACAUGGUAAAAUUACACAUCAAUGGCAUUCCUCGCAAAGUAAUAAUAGAUGAUUUGUUACCUGUAAAUCGACACAAUCAAUUACUUUGCUCAUACUCUAACAAUCGUGGUGAGCUAUGGGUCUCUUUAUUAGAGAAAGCAUAUAUGAAAGUAAUGGGUGGCUAUGAUUUUCCUGGAUCUGGUAGUAAUAUAGACUUACAUGCAUUAACUGGUUGGAUACCUGAGAGGUAUGCUAUAAAACCAGAUGAUCCAGAUUUUAAUAAAGAUAGUUUCUUUGAAACUCUAAGAUUGAGAUUGCAUAAAGGUGACAUGCUUGUCACAGUUGGUACAGGACAAAUGUCAGAUAUUGAAGCAGAAAGAACUGGUCUUGUGUCUACUCAUGCCUAUGCAGUAUUAGAUGUUAGGGAAAUAAAUGGAGUUAGACUUUUUCAAUUGAAAAAUCCAUGGUCGUAUUUGAGGUGGAAAGGAAAUUACUCAGAACUGGAUACAAUGCAUUGGACUCGUGAAUUAAAAGAAAUAUUAAAUUAUGAUCCAGAUUCUGCAUCACAAUUGGAUAAUGGAGUUUUCUGGAUUGAUUAUGAUAGUAUAUGCCAAUUUUUUGUUGUCUUUCUUAUCAAUUGGAAUCCUGGUUUAUUUAAUUAUACUUACUGUAUUCAUCAAAUGUGGAAUGCAGGAAUCGGACCAGUAAAAGAUGUGUAUAAUAUAGGUGAUAAUCCACAAUUUUUACUUGAAGUACAAAGUAAUACAACAGGAGCAGUAUGGAUUCUUUUAACAAGACAUAUAACUGAUAUAGCUGAUUUUCGAGAAAAUAAAGAAUACAUUACAGUAUUAAUAUACCGGAAUAACGGUAAACGAGUAUAUUAUCCAGAUGAUCCACCGCCAUAUGUUCAUGGAGUAAGAAUAAACAGUCCACAUUAUCUUUGUAAAAUAAAAUUAGAAAAUGACAGUGACACGCGAUACACUUUAGUUAUAUCACAAUAUGAAAAAACACAUACGAUAUAUUACACUUUACGUGCGUAUGCAACAUGUCCUUUCAAAUUAUGGCAAAUACCUCAAUUAUACAAAUAUGAAAAGGAGAUUACAGAUGGUCAGUGGAAAGGGAUUUCUGCAGGUGGAUGUUCUAAUCAUACAACUUAUCCUAAUAAUCCAUAUUACCAACUUGAUCUGGAAAGUACUGGGGAUAAUAAUUAUGUAUUGAUUAUUUUAAAAGGACCUAAGGAGUAUCAAAUAGGUUUUGAUAUUGUUAUGGUAACUGUCAAUAAUCCAAAUGCAGAGGUAUUCAAAUCAAAAAAUUCUGGUUCAUUUCGGCCAGGAUUUGUUUAUUUAGAAUUAGAAAGAGUACCAGCUGGAAUAUAUCAUAUUAUUCCAUCUACGUAUCUGCCAGGACAGGAAGGCCCAUUUUUUUUGACAUGUAAAUCAUCUUGUAAUUUAUUUCUUCGUCGGAUUCAGUAAUUAGACAUUGUAAAAAUAUCUUCUUUGAAAAAUGGAUCUCAUUCUGUUUACGCAA